AUUCAACGGGUUCUGGAACACCUUCGUUCCUAAACCGGUGGCUCCAUUGUUCGAUAAUUUCUCCAACGGUGGAGCAUUGCGCGUUUACUGUACACAGACGUCGCGUCGAUCGAGAAAAUGUGAUACUUUUAGUACAAUGUAAACGUACUUCGGUAUUCACAAUGCCGGCAAAAGUACGAGCACUAGAAAUACAGCGGUGCAACAUUGUGGCAACAAUCAUAAAGAAUAAUUGGUUGUCAACAUUGGAAUGAAUUUAUAAUCAAAGACUAUCGUAGGAGACGGCACAACGCGUUAGCAAACCAAUUCUCCGUUAGAUUCCAUUGAUAUUGUUUCUUUAUUCGACAAAUUGUAUUACGUGCUGCCAGCUGUUGGAAGUUCACAACAUAUGAUCGAUUUGCGGCGCGUGCGCAGUAACGUGUUGCGGAAAGAAGGGUGCGGGCCUUGCAGGCCAUGAUUCAGUUUAGGACGCCAGCAGUCGCCACCGGUUCUGCUUGUAACUUGCAACGAGUCGUCUACCAUGACAGUUAUCAGUGUGACACGAGUGCGACGUUGAAUUUUUCUCUAUUAAUGACGAUAAGGGAAACGAUUCGAUGGGCUAAGCUGUAGUACGGCUACGAAUGUUUGUUUAUCGCUUUACAAAUAAACAAUGGCAUUGGUGUUCUACAUGAUACAGUGUGCUGCACUAGAGGAAUCGUUUCCGUUCUAAACACGCGUUUUCGUUCUGGUGAAUGGCGGGUGGCGAUAUGGUGACGGUUCUGUGACGUGUAUCUCGUGUUGUGUUGCCUGUCAGUUUCCUCGUGUAUUUGGAAUCGCAUCAUUGUUCGUUCGUCGUACGAUUCAUCAAAGCAUACAUUUAUUUCGCGGUUUAUUCAAUUCCGCUAGAAAGUAUUAACUUUCCACGCUGUUACGACCUACAGAAUUAUUUCUUCGGUUACAUGUCAGUUGUUUACAAGCAGGACUUUUCAAUUGAUCGAAACAACGGGAGUAUAAGAAAUCACAAGUACAUUGAGGAACGAAGCUAUUUUAUUCCAGUAUUUCACGUAUCGAGUUGUUUAGUGCGUCACGAAAUGCAGUGUUGUUAUCUACACGGUCGGUUCGAUGGACACUGUCACGUUAUGUGCGUGGGGUCGACUGAAAUACGCGACUGCGCGUAAAAGUGUGUUCGGGCGAGCAAUUAAGAGAGGAGAUAUCCUACGGUAUCUCUUUCUCGCGUUCGGCUCGAGAUCAUUAUCGUGAGUCAGAAGAUGUUUAACUUUAUGAAGAAGGCCACGGAGAAGGACGACAAGGAGAAGAGGAAGCGUGAAAAAAAGGAACGGAAAGAUGUCAAGAAACGUGAUCGGAGUAGUAUGUCCGCGGAAGAGUUACUGCGCUUGGAUGAAGUUCGAAGGUCAUUGAAAAUACCUGGUCGCCGGAAGGAAAAGGAAAAGUUACCGAGUGGUAUCACUGCAGACUAUAGUGCUUCGUUUUUCGCUUAUUUAGAUCGGGAUAUCUUAGAAAAUUCACAGAACUCGUCGAAUUCGGGACAAGGCACGCGUACGAAUAAUAAUUCGACGAAUAGGGCGGCGGAUGGUUUGAUACAGAGUGAUUCGUCGGAAACUUCGCUGACUUCUUUGACCAUCACUACGACAUCGUCAGUGACGUUGACGAAUGCUACCAGUCAUUUGGGAAAGAAUUUACCACCGUUACCACCGAAACCUCCUAAGCGGGGAAUUCUGAAGGGGCCACGUCUAGGCAUCCCUGGCACGCAGAACGCCCACGCCGAGGAGAACCCGUUGUCAAAUGGCGACGAGACAAGUUAUCAAGAGCCUAACAAUUUAUUAGCAAGAAAUACCCUUCAAAACGAAGUCAUCGCCUAUCAAAACGUACCGACGCAUUUACACGGGUUGGGAUCCGCUUUAAAUAAAGACGAGAUUUGCAGUGAAGAAGAGACGCUGACUUGUCAGAGUUCGUGGCAGAUUUCACCUCAACGAUCCGUUCAACAUAAUCAGCAGCAGGUGCAUCAGCAACAAGUGCAACAGCAGCAGCAGCAGCAGCAACAGCAACAACAAUAUCACCACCAUUAUCAUCAUUCUCAUCAUCACCAGAGCGAUACGAAAUUGUUACAGGUGGUAACCAGUGCUAGUCCGUCGGCGGAUUCUUUAACAGAUACGACGAAUUCAAGUUUUGCCACACCACCUUUCAGUCUGUCGCCGGUCGGAGAGUCCCAAGGAUUCUCAAGGUGGCGGUCGACGGCAUCCUUUGAGGAACAAGGCGUUGAAUUACAACUUCCUGAAAUUAUUUCAUUGGAACUGCCUGAACCUCGGGAGUUAACGAUUCACCGGCAACCGCCACCGCGGAACGAUUUCGGAUUUUCAUUACGGCGCGCCGUUGUCGUGGAACGAGCCGCGGGAGGAGCUAGCACCCAAAUGAGAUCGGUGAUUUUUGCUGAACCCGGGUCGCUGGUGCAACACAACAAUGAAACUGGCUUGUUACCCGGUGAUAGAUUAAUCGAGGUCAAUGGAAUCAACGUUGAUGAUAAGUCACGCGAAGAAAUUAUCGAUCUCAUCAAGCGGUCUGCCAACUGCGUUACCGUAAAGGUGCAGCCGGUUGCAGAACUGUCGGAAUUAUCAAGACGCGGAGAUAGCGACGGACAACAGGUCGAGCUUGCUGCUGCGAACAUUCGUAGCGGUACGCUUCGAAGGUCCGGUAGUUUGAGAUUUCAAGAUAGUAUGGCCCGAUCGGAAGAACACUUGGCACAAGAACAAGAAUGGCUGAAUUACGAAAAGGUGUGGUUAUUGCAUCGAGGUGGUUUUACUCUCGCGACCAAAUAUGGCUCAGCGGAUCCGGAUACGGGAAAGCUGAGGAUUCGUCUAGCCACUUCCGGCGAAGAACUUCUCAUAGACGAGGAGGAUGUGGAGAAGGCCAAUCCUCCGCAAUUUGACAGGGCAGAAGAGCUUUCCCGAUUGCGGUUUCUUAACGAAUCCUCUGUUCUCCACACACUGAGACAACGUUACGCUAGUAAUUUAAUACAUACUUAUGCAGGCGACAGUAUGAUCAUCAUUAAUCCGGUGGCGCCAUUAGCAAUCUACUCAGAGAAGGUGGCGCUUAUGUUUAGAGGAUGUAAAAGUGAAGAUGUGCCGCCCCAUGUUUACGCGAUGGCGCAAGCAGCCUAUAGAGGAAUGUUAGCAACUCGAAGAGAUCAUUCAUUAGUUUUUCUAGGUCGUAGUGGAUCAGGAAAAACUACGAACUUCAAACAUGCUCUUCAUUACCUGGUGCUAGCUGCAGGCACAGUUAACAAAAUCCUGACCAUUGAGAAACUCAAUGCCGUCUUCACUGUGCUAGAAGCAUUUGGAAAUUGCAGAACAUACAUGAAUUCUAAUGCAACGCGUUUUACGCAACUUUUUAGUCUAGAUUUCGACCAAUCGGGGCAAAUUGCGUCCGCCUCUUUGCAGGUGCUACUACUAGAGAAGUCAAGGAUAGGUAAAAGAGCAAAUGGAGAUCCAACCUUCCAUGCUAUUUACCGCUUGCUGGCAGGCGCUGAAGGUGCUUUAAGAAAGGAAUUGCAUCUUACAAAUUUAGUCGCGGAAAAUAAUUCAUUCAUCACGCCUCUUCAGAAGCAUGAAGAUAAACAACGCGCCAUGGUUGAAUUCAAUCGAAUUGUGGCGGCCUUUAGGACUCUUGGUAUCUCGGAAGCCGAUGAGAAAGCUAUUUGGCUGGUACUCACUGGUAUAUAUCACCUGAGUUGCGCGGGUGCUGUCAAAGUUGGUACUAGUUCUCAAAGUCGGUGGCAGUUUGCAAGAGUAGAGUGUGCAGAGAAAGCAGCCACAUUACUGGGUACCACGGUCGAGGAAUUGAGUAGAAUAGUGUUCUCUUGUAACGGAGGUGGUGGUACGCCGAGUACUCCAAGGCCGACAUUGAGGACACCCAGUCCUACAGAACAAAGCAAGGACAUAACAGGCCUCGACGCUCUCGAAGGGUUACUCAUUGGACUUUAUUCUGAAGUAUUCCAUUGCAUCGCGGCCCUUAUUAAUAAAUCCAUAUCAUCGUCUGUACAUACGGUAGCAUCUUUAUUGCUCUGCGAUUCGCCAGGCUUUCAGAAUCCUGCUACAUGUGGACGACAAACUGGAGCUUGCUUCGAAGACCUUUGUCAUAAUUAUUUGCAAGAACGUUUGCAAUUGUUGUUUCAUCACACAGCAUUAGUGGCUCCGAGAGACAGAUACAUCCAAGAAGGAAUCGACGUAGAUUACGAAGAUGACUGUGAUGAAAACGGUAUCGGGUCGCCACAAGCUUUGAUUUCACUACUAGAUCGUGGAAGUUCACAAGGUGCAACAAUGCUGCGAACUAGUCAAAAUGAUCUUAGCGGAAGUAGACAGAUGGAACGAAAAGGGCUUUUAUGGUUACUGGAUGAAGAAGCAGUAUGUCCUGGUGGUAGCGACGAGACCUUCUUGGAUCGAUUAUUUUCUCAUUAUGGAGAUCGAGAUCAUCAAAUGUUAUUAAGGAAAGCACCCGGUAACAAUCAAUUUAUUUUGCAACAUUUAUUGGGUACUAAUCCUGUGCUUUAUACGACUACCGGUUGGCUUAAAGCUACGAGAGAAAAUCCGGUUACUAAAAGUGCCAUUACAAUUCUUCAAGAAAGCACAAGAGAAGAUGUUAACAUGCUGUUUGUGAGUGCGCGGGGAGCUGGAGUUUCUGGAACUUUAUGCAGUUCAAUGCCUGGAUUAGAAGGUUCACAGUCUUUAAGAAGAGCUUCGAGUAUUAGACGAACAUUUACUGCCGUGAAAAGAAAAAAUGUUUGUUUGCAAGUGAAAUUCACUGUAGAUGGACUAGUGGAAACAUUGAGAAGAACGCGAGUCAAGUUCCUUCAUUGUAUAUUACCACAGCACACUUCCGGUAGUACCGACAACAAAAGUUUAUUGUCUGUAAAAACCAAUCAGAAUGAAGACAGUAUAAUCAACGUGCCUCUUUUACGUUCUCAGUUACGAGGAAGUCAAAUAAUUGAUGCUGUUCGGUUACAUAAAGUCGGAUUUCCAAAACACAUGGCAUUAGGCGAAUUUAGAAGACGGUUCAGAUUAUUGUCGAGUGAAUGUAAUGCACGGCCUGGUAGUCCUGUAGGUGAUGAACGACGUACUGUGGAAGAUAUGUUACUGACUGUUGACAUUGACCCAGCUUCAUACCGUGUUGGACAAAGUCAAAUAUUUUUCAGAUCAGGUACUCUGGAACGACUAGAAGCUCAGCGGGACGAGAAGCUGACUGGGCACAUUAUUCUUUUACAAGCGAGAUGCAGAGGUUACCUGGCACGUCGUAAACUCAACACGUUGAAAUUACAAGAUCUUGCGGUUAGAUGUAUACAGAGAAACGUUAGGAAGUGGAUGUCUGUACGAGAAUGGCCAUGGUGGAGAUUAUACGUAAAAGUUGCACCUUUAUUGAACGUGCAUCGGACCGAAGAUCAGCUGAAGGCAAAGACGGAGGAGCUCGAGAUCCUCAAAGCGAAGGUCGAGAGGUUGGAACAAGAACGCAAUCAUCUGAAACAUGAUAAUGAUAUAUUGGAAACUAAGUUAAGCGAAAUGUCCGCCGAAUUUGCCGAAGAACAUUCGACUUCGACAUUGGCAGCGGAGAGGAUUAACGCGGAAACGUCCGAACGUUUGCGGCUGGAGAAAGAGUUGCAGGACGUUACUGAAACAAAUAAGAAUCUCCAGCAAGCGACAGAACGUCUAGAAAUGGAGCUAUUGUAUGCGAGGGCUGCUGAUUUAAAUGGUGUCGUAUCCGACGUGGAGGACGGCGAAGAUGGCGGUGUUUACAAACAGCGAUACGAGCACGCUGUCAGAGAGCUUGAGUUCACUAAAAGAAAAAUGGCGCAGCAACACGAAGACGAUCUUGAACAAUUAGUAGGACUUAAGAAACAGUUGGAGAAAAAGUUAACAGACGCUUACGAAGAAGUUGAAGAGCAACGUCAAGUUGUCGGGCAAUGGAAACGACGUGUACAAAAACUGAAUGGUGAAAUGCACGACGUGAGACUGUUAUUGGAGGAACAAACGGCCAGGAACAACCUCUUAGAAAAGAAACAACGCAAGUUCGAUUCGGAAAUGCAAAAUUUGUUAAACGAUAUCCGACAAGAAAAAGCACAGCGAGAAAAAUUGACGAGGGAAAAAGAAAUAGCGCUCGCUGAAAAAUUUACCAUAGAGCAAAAUUUGAGCGAUGCGAGACUAGAGAUCGAAUUAAAAGAAGAAAGAUUGCGCACGUUAAGUCAAGAAUUAGAAGAGUUGACGUUUGGUGGAAAAACUGAAGAAGAAGUAGCGCAGUUAAAGAAAGCUAAACACGAGCUGGAAAAACGGGUGAAAGAUCAAGAGGAAGAACUCGACGAUCUUGCUGGUCAGGUGCAACUUCUCGAACAAGCGAAGCUAAGACUGGAAAUGAAUUUUGAGCAACAGCGUAAAGAAAUGCGUAAGGAAAUGCAACAGCGAGACGACGAAUUGGAAGAUAUACGCGGUAACGUACUUAAAAAGGUCAAAGCUUUGGAGUCACAAUUAGAAAAUGAGUAUGAGGAAAGGACCAUUCUUCUUCGUGAGAAACACGAAUUGGAACGUCGCUUGGUAGCUAUAGAAGAUCAAGACCGAACCGAACGGGCUGCGGAGGCUGAAACUGUGCAUAGGUUGAAGAGGGAUCUAAAGAGGACAAAGGUGCUGCUUAGAGACGCUCAGACCAUGCUCGAAAGAUCUAAGAGCGAUUCAACGGGCAAGGCAGCUUUGCGACAAUUAAAAAAUCAAUUGGAAGACGCGGAAUGCGCUCGAGCAACUGCAAUUAAAGCGAAACAAGCAUUGGAACAAGAAUUGAAUGAAACGCAAGCGUCACUGGAAGAAGCAUUACGACAACGCUCCGAAGCUGAAGAUCGUGCUAAUGUAGCCAAUCGUGAGAGAACUGAAUUGCUUUCACAAUUGGAGGAAAAUGAAGAAGAGCUCGCAGAAGUCUUGAAAAAAUAUCGGGCGGCGGUUCAGCAAGUGUCAGCGGAACAGGGACAGUUGCAGGAAGCUCAGGUACAAAUUGCCGCUUUGGAGACGGAAAAAACUUCGCUGAAAGAUCAACUUUCGGAACUAACACAACGAUUGGAGUCCGUUGAACAACUUGGUGAUCCUACAGCGAAUAGUUUAGCCACGAGACGUCUCGAGUUUCGUGCCAAAGAGCUUGAAAGCAAAUUAGAGCUGGAACAAACGACAAGAGCACGUUUAGAGACGCAAAUAACGAGGUUAAAAGAGAAUGUUGAAAAACUGCAAAUCGAAACUGCAUCACUGAAAACAAAAGAGCAAACUGCUCAAGAAACUGCAAGACGAUUACAAAGAUCGUUACGUGAGGCACGAGAAGAAGCUGCUUCGUCAUUAACUCGUGAACAAGAAGCGACCCGUGCUCGUCGCGAAUUAGAAAAAUGUCUUGAGGCUGCAGAAGCAGAGACCAAAGUGGCCAAAGACGAUCUAAGACUAGCACUUCAAAGAAUUGAUGAUUUGCAAAGUGCGAUUCAAGGUGAUCUUGAUUUGGACUGCAGUGAAGAGGCAACGACUGAAAACAGUGAUAGUGAUUGAUCCGCACCAUUAUCGGAUUUUGAGUCCGAUGAGAGCAAGAAUGAAGAUUCGACUGCUAUACCCACUGUCGAAGGACUUCCUAAUAAAUCGUUACUUUCUGAUGCAUCAAUUAUAGAUUAGCACGAAUUGAAAGGUGCAAGGUAAAAUGAAAGAGCUGGUUGAUGUAGGGUGAUUAGGAAAGGAAGAUCUAUACUCUGAAAGGUGAAAAUAUUGGUCACCCAAAGAAAAAAGUUCAUGUGAACGAAUCAAAGAGACCAAAUCAAAAUACUAGAAUUUACAAUAAAUUUUGGAAAACACAGCAACAGUAACAUCAAUGUACUUCAUAUCUUGUAUACGAAUUACUUUUGCGAUAUUGAGAACACUUUGAUGUUUCUAAUCUACGAAGUAAUAUUUAAAAUAUGUACCAAUUUGUGUAGGGUUUCCAUUUUUCUCGCAUAGAUUUCACCUUUCAUCCAUCCUCCAUAACCGAAAAUUGAACACAAUAAAAUGUGAAAUAUUGUUGUGUUGUUAGCAAAAAGAAUAAAUUUUUCUUUCUCUGUAUACACUCCUCCUCGGUUGAACAUGUUGCAAUUAGUAUCCAAUAUUUUAUAACUGUGACAGAUUUAACAAUUAUGUGAUCAAGAUUAGUUAUGCUUAAGCAUAGAAAAGGAGAGCGAGAAUAUAUUGGUAAUAGUUUCAUAAAAUAUAUACAAAGUAAGACAACUUUUACACCGAAUCAAUAAUUUACACAUUAAUUUAAUACGUGACACGCUUUCAAGUGUAAUAUUCCCUCCAUAUAACGAUGCCUCUUGGCUCACGUAACGCGAAUGUAGGAAGCAGUAGUAGAUACAGUUUCAGGUAACUCUUAUCUAUUUUAUCGACAGAAAUAAUGAGGAACAAUCAAAGAUAAACAAAUAAGUUCUUCUUUAUUAAGAACAUUAUUAAACUCACAAGAACCUCAAAAUGUUAUUAAUGUUUUUAUUAUAAUACUUACUUUGUUUUAUUUUACACUCGUCAUUACAUUGCAAAUGUUUAUGGAUGCAUAUCAUAUCUGAAUAAGUAAAAUACAAUAAGUUAUUUUGUCUAAGUAUAAUAUGGUCGGGAUGUUUAUGAUGGCGGUGUCAUUAUGAAGAUGUCGACGUAGAGUAAUUAUGAAAAAAGAGCAACGCAUCUCUCCUUUCUUAUGUUCCCAUUAUGCUUAGCUUUCAACUCACAAUUAAUUAUAAAAAAAAAGUAAGUGACAUAUGACGGUGUAAUAUAAUAAUCGGGGAAAUGUAUAACAGUUUUAUUGAACAUUUACCUCUAUGUUGUCGUUCAGAACUGACCACAUGUUCAUAUGAAUGUUUUUUUCGCAAUUAUUAGACUGUGGGUGUUUAUGUAAAUACAGAUUUUUAUGGAUUAAUUUACAGAAUUUGGAACCAAAAAUAUAUUUAUUUAUUUCAUGAAAGAUUUUAUUAGGUUCCGAAUCAAGUAAGAACUUCAAUUGAAGUUCAUUAAACUUUCUGCCGUAUUAAAUUUUACACACAUUCACAUACAUAUACAUACACGUAUGCAUUAAAUACAUAAAAUCUACAGUCAAGUAAUGAUCAAUGCUAUCACCUAACGAAGUGUUAAUUUUCGCUUCCGAAUUACUCUAUACCCUUAUACAUACUAGCUUAGGAUAAACAAAAUUAGUUACUCAUUGUCAACGUUAUCAUCACUGCCGAAUAGUAUCAAAACAUUAUCUGCGCGAUAACGAAUGGAAUCGAAGAGUAAACAUUAAAUUGUGAAUUAUCUUUUAUAAAACUUUAUGGACAGUAGACUGGAGUGCUUAGAUGAAGGACGGGAGCAACGAAGGAAAUCAAUACAAAUACUUUGUAUGAACGUCUAAGUGAUCAACUUGCGGCUCUUUCGCUUGCCGAAACAAUCAACAAAGUUUCUAGGUGCUAACUAUAAUUCCCAGUCAACGUGUAUGUAACGGCUUUUGUACUUUACUUUGCGAUGUGCGUUUCGACGAUAUUUUAUCCGAUAGUAGUUGUCGUCGGCAUUGUCGAUCUUCCAGUCUUCCAAAGGAUUACGAACUUACGGAUAUCGUAGCGUCGGAACGCUCGCUCUCACACGUUCGAUAAUCACACCAUAGCCUUUUAAUAACAUUGUAUACAUGCAGUUUGUAUGUGCUACGCAAUGGAGACCGAAGCUAUAAUUCUUUGUAAACAGAAAAAGAAACGUGCUCUACGAUUUUUAACACUUCGCUACCGAGUCAACUAUGUUGAUUACUCUUUACAAUUUGUAUUAUAUAAUACGAGUCAUAACUUCCUUGGUUUCUCAUAAAAGAUAGUCGUGUAACUUAUUGCUUUGUAAAAUGCAGAUACCUUAUUUAAUUAACUGGGCUACCCAUUUCUUUUCUAAGUCCUACUUAUUAUGACAGUUGUUGUCUGUAUAGAAAAUUAAACUUUUGCACUCUCACUUACCUACUCAUAAACUAACCACCUAUAAAAAUAAUUGUGUGGAAUCAUUACUGAACCAUCAUUAUUUUAUAAGAUUAUUAUUGUCGAGCACAAUACUGCUAGACUGUGGACGUUCAGGCGAAAAUAAAUUUCAAUGAAUCAAUUCGCAGAAAUUACAGUCAGAACAAUAUUUAUUCACUUCAGCAGAGGUAUAGUAUCUUUUCCAAAUUCGAUGAAAACGUUAUUAAGUUUUUUUAUACUUCUUACUACAUGUAACUCUUUUUUUAAAACUCUUACAUGUAACAACCGCGUAAAGUUCAUGAUCCGUUAAUCCUUUUUAAGUUAACUUUCCAUUAGCGGACACCAGGACACACUCACUGGAGGACAAAUACAUAUUUUUCACCUAUUAUUUAUAAUUAUAUUUCCUUUUCCCUACAAUUAUUAUGUCUUGUUGGAAUUUAAAAAAGAAUACACAGGAUAAGGUACAACAUUUUUAAGAGCGUAUAAUUAGUCAGAAUGUACUAAUAUUAAUCAGAAUGGCAUAAACCUAGUUUUGUUUAUUACUGUCUUGUACUCGUUGUCCGCCUUCUGAGGGUUAAUUUUAUACAAUCAUUCGUUUCAAACAAAUUGAAAUUAUUUAUGGUGGACGAUGUGUGUAGGUGUAGUUUGCAGUGCAAAGGUUUCAAAAUAGAAGAACAUUCGUUUUUCGUAAGUUUCAGAUUAAAAAUGAGUUAUGAUGAAAUAAACCCUAUUACUUCAUCUUUAUUAUAAAAAUGUUGCAUAACAUUAAAAUCCUUGAUUGCAAAACUAAUUGAAAAUCGUUAUAUAUAGAAAACUAAAUUAAAUGUGCCACUUAUUUUAAUAAACUUUUUCUUUUUGAAAAAAUUAAAGUAAGGUGUUACAUUGUAUUCGGUCCUUCAUCUCCCUUUGAUAAAACCAUUUUCUCCUUAAAUUUAAAGCCCUGUACUGACUUUUUCACGCAUACAUUUAUAAUGAUGGUUUUCGGAAAGAAAGAAAUACAAAGAAAAUAAAAUAUCUGAUUACGAUCAUUUAUAAUAAUUUAUAUUUUAAUAUAUAAUUUCGAAGUGCUAAAUAAAAAAGAAAAUUGUUUUUACUUCUUAUGAUAUCUUUAUCAACUUCUCAACAAUUCGUUUGUUACUUAAACUCCCUGUCUAUAACGAAUUAUCCAUAUAUGAAACGUUUUAAAUUUACGAAGUACUGUGUUGCGAUACUAUUCUUCUAAAUUCACAUAGUCUAAACAAACUGCUUUUAAACAAGAUUACGAUACUGAACGCGCUAAUAUUAUUUCUGAAUUUUUUUUUAACAAAGCUAGUAGAUAACAAAGAACACAGGUAAUAUGAAUAGCUACUAGCUGUCUUUUCGUCCGUAAGUAUUUCAUAAAAAACCAAGAUUUUUAUGGGGAACAUUAAGCAACAGUGGUGGCUCGUAGCUAAAAUUAGUGGGGGUGCUGGUCCAGAAAAUGUUUAGCCUUUGUUUUAAAGUGUUUGUAUCUUUAUCAUAAACUGGGGAAUGACUACUGACAUUAACCCCUUGCCCCACAAUAUCGUGUCAGACUCGUGAUGAAGAUUUCAAGUAGCAUUGAACACACAUAAAUAUUAUUUAAUUUGUUUGAAUACAAAUUACAUAUUAUUUCUCUGUUAUCAAUGAUUACACCUUAAAGCUGUGUUUCCCAACGUGGGGCUGUCGCCUCACAGGAGGGCAAUUUGAUUUUUAAGGGGGGCAAUUUGAAAUUUGAAAUAUCACUUCAUAUAUCUCACAAUAUUUUCGCACGUAAACAAAAUAGCAAAAAUAUUAUAAUAUUAAAAAUUAUAUAUAUGUUACAUAGGGAGGCAUAAGAAUUUUAGAAAGGCUUAGGUGGGGCAUGGCGUAAAAAAGGUUGGGAAACACUACCUUAGAGCACACGUUGACAUAGGAAAAGACUGGAAUUUUCUCUUAGUUUCAAUAAAUUAUUAAGAACAAAGUAAUUAGAUAGAUCACAGUUUACAAAGAAAUCAUAGGGCAAGGGAUUAAGCUUAAGGAUUAUAUAUCGUACAAGUAUAAAGAAAGAAUUAAAGAAAAAAGAUCUCAUUAUAUUAAAUGUUAUCGACCAUAGCAAGUGGAAAUUGGGGGUGCUGCAGUUCCACAGUGCCUAUACGCGAGCCGCCGCUGUUAAGCAACAUUUUGAAACAAUUUUCAUAUACUUUUUAUUACAAAAAAUCAACAGAGGU